AUGGUAUUGCGAGGAGAGCUCUUGGACACAUUUGACUAUGAUAUGGUCGAUAUUUUCAAUGAGUUCGAGGAUGCCGUUCAUCACAAAUCUCCGGCAAAAGUAGCCACGGAGUUCCCCUCUUUGGAAUGGCUGAGAAAUGGGAAUCCACCUUGGAUGGGUCAUGGGGAUAAGCUUAUCGGCAUCUUCCACCCUAAGACAGGGCAGCAAAUUCCUAUCCCAGACCAUGUCAUAACAAUAGUUUCCGAAACUCUCCGGCAAUUCGUCGUCAUCUGCGAUGACAUUGGAGUGCAUAGAGACCAAAUUCAUUUCAUCGCCACUGAAGCAACACGCAUAGCCAAAAACUCAGCUCAGUUGCUCCAGGCGAUCAAGGCCGAAACCACUAUAGAUGUUGAGCUGCUUGAAAAGGAGGAAGAGGGACAAAUUGGCACAUUAGGCAUCGCUAGUGGGUUCAUGGCAAUGAAAGGGCUGGUUGCCGAUCUUGGUGGUGGCAGCAUUCAGAUAUCUUGGAUUGUUAGCCAGCGAGGAUACAUCAGAACAAGCACCCAAGGAAGCUUCAGCUUUCCGUAUGGCGCGGCAGCCUUGACUAAGAAGUUGGAGGACCUCCAAAAAGGAAAAAGCAAAGAUGGAGCUAAGUACUCCAUUCAAUUGUUCCGGGAGAGGAUGGUAACCAACUUCAGAGAUGCCUACAGUCGGCUCGAAAUUCCAGACACCCUCGUCGAAGAGGCAGAGCGAGAUGGAGGCUUCCGGAUGUACUUAUCCGGGGGCGGCUUUCGGGGAUGGGGCUAUUUGCUCCUGAAUCUGAGUCAGUCACAUGGGAACCACUAUCCAAUAUCGAUCAUCAAUGGUUAUACUGCCGGAAGGGACCAGUUUGAGGACACAAAAACCAUUGAAUAUGCGGCGAAGGCAGCCCAUGAAAUCUUCAGAGUUUCCGACCGGCGACGCUCUCAAGUACCUGCAGUGGCAUUUCUCAUUAAUGCUCUUGCGGAGGCUAUUCCUCUUGGCAUUAAGGAGGCACACUUCUGCCAGGGCGGCGUGAGGGAGGGUUAUUUGUUUCGACAGCUCUCGUCAUCAAUUCGGAAGCAAGCUCCACUCGAGGUUGCGACCCGGAACUUUGCGCCUGGGUCUAUGCGACGGCUACAGGAACUCAUUGAGAGCGCCAUACCAAAUCCUUCGACGGACGGGAUCAGGAGGUUUCCUCCGGACUUUGGGGAUCAUGUCAUUAAAGCGUUUGCCAAUGUCAUGUACGUCCAUAUGUUCAUGUCGAAAGAGACAGCCUCAACCACCGCAUUAUAUUCUACAAGUACAGGGAUUCUGUCUUCAACACAUGGAGUCUCUCAUCAGGAUCGUUCUAGGCUUGCAUUGAUGCUACAGGCGAGAUAUCGCGGCGAGCUGCCCCCGCGGGAGGUUGAAUUUCGGGAUGCUCUCCGCAGUAUUAUCAGCCCCGAGGAUGUCUGGUGGGCUCAAUACCUUGGUCGUGUUGGCUUUCUUAUCACGUGUCUGUACCCUGGUGGCAAAAUUGAUACUUCUAAACCAGUUGUGCUAUUUUCCUCGGAGUGGUCUUGGAAUUUAGGCAAAAAGAAGAACAAAGAAGGUCUCAUACUGAGGAUCACCCUACAGAAGGUCCAAGAAGAUCCAGCAAGAUUUGAAAGAGUCUUAAGAAACAACAUCAAAAAGGUCAUGAAAGCGGGGAAAAAGAAGAAUUGGGCUUAUCUGGAGAAAUCUUGGGGCAUGAAGGUUGAUGUCAAAGUGGCGGAAGAAGGCAAGAUCAUCGACUGGGUGGGAAAUUCCGGUGAUAUUGCUGUUCAAUUUGCGCCACCGCAAGCUGCUAUCCCCUGGGCUGUCAUCAAAUCCGUCAUGCAGGUACCAGUUAUCGAGGGUGAGCAAAUGGCUGCUCUCCUUGCAACUACCGAGAAGGCCGUAAGCAUCAUCAGCCGUGGUCAAGUGUAUGAGUCUGUGUAUUUGAAGAACGCACCUGCCGACACCCUGUCCAAGAACCUUGAAUCUGCAUUGAUCACGAUCUAUAAGACCGCACUGGCUCUCUUAUAUGAAUCUGGAAAUUUGUUUGCUGAAACCACAACAAAGCGUGUCCUUCAAUCUCUUCUCAAGCCAGGUCAUGUUUCUGGAGGGCUUGAGGGAAUGGCAAGCAGGAAGAUGACUUGCUGCGUACUGUGUUCGCGUGCGAAUCUUACGCAGUGA